CUUGCAAAUUAGCAAAGCGAUUUCUCAUGCUCGAAAUUCGAAACACGAAGCGAUUUCACACAGUUUGACAAGUUCACCUUGGCUAUGAACCGAGCACCGCCGCCGCCGCCUACCACCGCCGCUUUCCAUCAUCCUAAUCCACCGCCGUCCGUCACCACUGCUCUCUCCGACCUCAAAUCUCUUCUUCACCUCUCUUCCACCGCCCUCCAGUCUCUCCCACCUCCAAUCGCUGACGCCUCCACCGCUGCCUAUACCUACGUCCCCUGCCCUUUCAACCCUAACCACCGUCUCCCUCCUUCAAUCCUAUUCUCUCACUACCUCAAUUGCCCUUCUCCUCUCUCUCUAACUCACAAUUUCCACUAUCCCCUCACUCUCAGCUCCUCCUCCUCAUCAACCGCCGCCGCCUUACCCACCAUCCCAGCCGAUUCGUCCGAGCUCACCGUCUCUCUCGACAGCUACAUCGCCUAUAAUGACGCCGCCAACAGUUUUUUUUACCAUAAUUGCCCCGGCCCUGUCACCCCCGCUACUCCACCGCCUCCAUCCCUCAACUUACCUAGGGUUUUAUACACCGAGUGCGCCGAUUUCAAUGAAAAAUCUCCAACGGAAGCUGCCGCGCUUGAUUUUAUUAGGUUUCUGCCGUCUGAGAUUUGGGCAAUUCGAAAUGAAAUUGAAUCGUGGGGUGGUGGUUUCCCCGCAGCGUACUCUUCACGAAUUUUGCGUGCGAUACUAAGGUUGAGAGACUGUAAAUUGUUGCAUUUGUAUGAUUGGAUCAUUAUGAAUUCGCCUAGAUAUGGUAUGAUUAUUGAUUGUGCCAUGAGAGAUCAUGUGGCUGUGUUAGUUAAGCUUACUUUGAAGGUGAUUGUUAGGGAGGCUCUUGAGCUGGCAGGAUUAAUGUAUAGCGAUGGAGAGAUGAAGGGAAUUGAGAAAGCUCUGUGUGGGAAUCAGAUUUUUGAAUGCGCGGUUUUAGUUAGGGCGAUAGCGUGGCUAGCAUUGCAGUUCAGUGUUUUGUAUGGUGAAGUUAAUGGGAAGUAUUUUGCUGUUGAUUUGUUGAAAGAAUGUGUGCGGAACUCUGCAUCGGAUGCUUCGCUGUUUCCUUUGGAGGGAAAGGAUGAUGAACCUAGCGAGGAGGGAAAUGAUGGCAGAUGUGUAGAAGAGCAGGUACAAAAUGCUGGAUCAAUUGAUGAAACAGUUCAAAACAGUGUGAUAUUCGUCUCUCAAGUGGCUGCCGCUGUGGCAGCAUUAUAUGAACGCACUUUUAUUGAAGAUAAGAUCAAAUCAUUGCGUAAUGACAGGCCAACCUCUACUUACCAACGUAAUGUGGAACAUGCUCAUGUGUCCAUGAUAGCUGUUGAGGAACGACAGAAACGUCCAGAUUAUAGACCUGUAAUCGAAUAUGAUGGUUUUCUGCGGCAUAGGUCAAACAAUCAGGAUGCCAACAGAGUAAAGACAAAAGAGGAAUUAUUAGCUGAGGAAAGAGACUACAAAAGGCGGCGAAUGUCAUACCGUGGCAAGAAACUCAAGCGUAAUGCUGUGGAGGUAACGAGGGGUAUUAUAGAAGAAUAUAUGGAGGAAUUCAGGCUAUCUGAAGGGAUCAGUGGCUUGUCAAAUGCUGUGGAUGAGAAUGAAGCUUUGGGCUCUGAAAAUAUGGAUGGGCAUGCAAGAGCAGCUGAUUAUUUUGGAUCGAGGAGAAAUUCUGAAGUUCCUGAAGAUGAUAGGGGCCAAUCAGUUGAUAACAGGAAAGAUGUACACUCUCGUGAUUAUGCAAGAGUUUUUGAGGAUGACUACCAGCAGAGAAGACGGGAUUCAAGUUGGGAUGAUAGGCGUCAAUUUCCCGAUAGAAGCAAUAAGGGUAAUUGGUAUGACAGAGAUGAGUCUGCAACACGUGAUGGAAGACGAGUUCACAGUCACUCAAGAGUGCUGAAGAAUGGUGGAGAAAAGUCAGACUUUGCUGAAGAUGAUUUGCGAAGAUCACACCAAAGACGAAGUGAGUCACAUGACAAAAGGUAUUAUAAAAGCACUAGAGAUGAGCAUGAGCAGAAAACUCAUAAAAGAAGAGAUGAACAUGAGAGAAGUAGUCGUAAGAGAGAGAGAGCCAAAGACUGUUGGGAGUAUGAGGUCCGAGAUAGAAGCAAACGAGACAGGGCUUCUGGAGAGAGAGAUGAAGACGAGAGAGGACAUGCGGAUAGAAGGAAAAGCAAAUCAAACCGGAGUAGUGGUUCUCGGCAUGAGUUUGAUGACAGAUAUGAUCCUGCAGUCACUCAUGAUAUGUAAGAGGAAAAGAUUUCUGAUCAACGGACUUGCUUACUGGUUAUUGGCGUGCACCUCUGUAAUGAUAUGUGAUUUCCACAUGCGAACUAUCUUACCUAACAUGGGUCAAGUGUUAUCAAAGUUGGGCAAGCAGCAUGCUGGUGUUUCCAAUUUGUCCGUCGCCUGUAUCCUUCUCUGUAUCCUUGAAAUUCGUCAUUCUGUUUGUUUAAUGGCCGAGUUUUCCUCUAUGUUUACAUUGUAAUCUUUUGUAUUGGCAUUUUUAUUAAACUUAUCAGUUGAUGCUAUUUUAACUGACUCGUUUGAGCAUCAAGUUUUGGGCAUGGAAAAACUAUGAGUUUGACCUUUGCAGGUAAUUAGCCAAUGCAUUAUUUUGAGUUGCUUCGAUUUGUUAUCUGUAAAUAUUUCUCUUCACACUUGACCUUUACAUUCCACCACAGACUACUUUAUCCACGAUGGUCACGUCUUAGUUAGUCAAUCCAGAUAAACACUAGAUGUUGUUAUCAUUAGUUCCACCAUAUUGUGAAUUCAUAGAGUGGUUUAUGUCUUUUAUAUGAGGGUUCACUAUUCCCAGUUUGUGCUGCUAAUUUUAAAUGUAGCAUGCAAUUUAGGAUUCUAUAUAAUCAUCUGAUGUUAUACUUUGUUAGUUUAUUACCAAAACCAGAAACCAUUGUGCUGCUAAUUUUAAAUGUAGCAUGCAAUUUAGGAUUCUAUAUAAUCAUCUGAUGUUGUACUUUGUUAGUUUAUUACCUAAACCAGAAACCACUGAAUUUACAUGUUCACAUACCUAUUUACGAUUCUUCUUUACUUGUUCGCUUACCUAUGUACUAUUCUUCUUUCAUCCUUGUAAUUUUGAUUUAUGUAUGGAUGUUAUUUUGUUGAGAUUGUGAUAUUUAGAUUUUGUCUACGAGAUCUUUGUGUUUUCUUGCAGCUACUUCUGUAUCAUUGAUCUUGCUAGCAAAGAAGAUUGUGAUGAUGUUGAAAGAAGUUCACGCCGAGAUUAGCCUAAAUAGGUAACAAAUAGUAUACACUAAUCAAGGUGGUGGAAUUUGUUUUACUUGAUUUUGGUUACAUACAUAUCAUGUUCAUUCUUGAAAUAUUGAUGGGCAGUUUGGUAGGGUAGAUAACUUAUCUAUCUUGGUGUUAUAGAACAAAAAUGAUCGAGAAUGUGUGUCCUUAUCAUGUUUAGUUUAUUUAUCUUCCAUACUAAAA